AGCCAAUCAGAAUGAGUUACGGGAGGACCCUUGAAUAGCUGUUGUGUUUCCAACGUGGGACUACGGAGCGAUCACCCAGGAAAAAAAAAGGAAAAGUAACUCGGGAAAGGAGAAAACUCAUGGUGGUAAUUCACGGUCGGAAGGAGGAGGGGGACCCUACUUUGCUAUUAAUCGGAUGGUCGAGAUUUUGUGAGCACAGACUGCACCUGAUAAGCUGUUUGUUGGGUUUGUUUGGAUGGGACGGAGUGCGCGUUUCAAAGUUGGAUGUAUGCUUGUAAAGUGCUCCGCAGAUUGGGACGAUAUGCAUCGCUCGCCUUGAGAGAUCAACGCUGGAGAUUUCAUCACUCUACCUGCGGCUCCUAACUUAUUUGCUGCAGAUUUCACUUUAUGGUGGACAACUUUCGGCACGGUCAGAAGUUCCUGUGUCCUUCUUUUCUCUGAGUUUAAAACACUUGUGCUGCUGUUGAGCACAUCAGUUCCUAACACUGGGAGCCACUCGGGCGCAGCGUCCUUUAACGUUUAUUUUGGGGAUUGUUGUGUGUGCGGUUUUUGUUGUUUUUUUUAACGUGUAGCCCCAAAAGCAGCGGCCUUGUUGACAGAGGAGUUUUUCGCCCUUUUAUGGACACGCUCUUGAAACUUAACUUUAAGUCCAGGGCGACGCACUAGGCGAGUUAUGCUGUGAAUUACCUUUGAUUUUUAAGCCCGCGUCGGACUCCCGAGGAGAAAGUUGGAGCUCAGAAAUGAAUGCUGGGGUGGAUUUGUGUUAACAAAGUUGUUUAUGUUAACCUCUGUAGUACAAGAAGACAUUUAAUGUGGUACAGAAAGCUUCCACCUUUCCAGAAGCUUCAUUAAUAUUCCACUCUUGUGGGGCACAAGGAGAGCUCGGCGGCCGCGCUAUUAAAGCUGGAUACAAAAUGGCGGCGUCCCUGGGACGAUUUGGAUAUGUGUCUCGUUGCUUUUUUUAUUUAAUGUUGUCGCUCGGACUGUUGAGCAGCUAUGGAUUGGGCUGGGACACGCCAUGUGCCCUGAACUGUACCUGCAGCGGAGAUUCAGUGGACUGCAGCAACCAGGAGCUGACGGCGACGCCUCUGGACCUUCCAGUCCGGACCGUUUCCUUAAAUCUGGGCCACAACAAGCUGACAUCCAUCAACGUUGAAGCAUUUGCCAACCUUCCCAACUUGAGAGAACUGCGUUUGGAUCAUAACGAGCUCACCUCCAUACCAGAUUUAGGACAGGCUGCUUCCAGGAUUGCAUCCCUGUACCUACAUCAUAAUAAGAUCCGCAGUAUCGAUGGCCGGUGGAUCAGAGAGCUGGUGUCUGCAGAAACCCUGGACCUCAGCAAUAAUGACAUCACUGAGCUACGAGGGCCCUGCUUCCCUGCCGGCCUUCAAAUCCGAUACCUGUACCUGGGUAACAACAAGAUCAAUGUGUUGGAACCCGGAGCGCUGGACCGCCUGGGCUCAACCCUGCAGGUUCUAAGACUGAGCCGAAACCGCAUCAGCCAGAUCCCAGUUCGAGCCUUCCAGCUUCCAAGGCUCACCCAGCUAGAACUGAACAGGAACCGCAUCCGUCAGAUUGAGGGUCUUACCUUCCAGGGUUUGUCCAGCCUGGAGGUGCUGAAACUUCAGAGGAACAGCAUCAGCAAACUGACAGAUGGAGCUUUCUGGGAUCUGGCCAAAAUGAAAGUCCUCCACCUGGACUACAACAACUUAACGGAGGUGAACAGUGGCUCCCUGUACGGCCUGACUUCCCUUACGCAACUAUUUCUUAGCAACAACUCAAUAGCCAGGAUCAACCCUGAUGGAUGGAAGUUCUGCCAGAGGCUGAGGGAGCUGAAUCUGUCGUACAACAACUUGACCCGUCUGGAUGAAGGAAGUCUCGCUGUGCUGGGGGAUCUCCACACCCUCCGGCUGGGCCACAACUACAUUAGCCACAUCAACGAGGGGGCCUUCAGGGGCCUCAAGGCCGUACGCAUCCUGGAACUGGACCAUAACGACAUCUCAGGCACAAUAGAGGACACCAAUGGGGCCUUCUCUGGAUUGGACAAGCUCAACAAGCUGACUCUGUUUGGAAACAAGAUCAAAUCCGUGGCCAAGAAAGCCUUCUCUGGCCUGGAGACCCUGGAACACCUGAACUUGGGGGAGAAUGCUAUUCGUUCCAUCCAGCCCGACGCUUUCAGUAAGAUGAGGAACCUCAAAAGUCUUCUGAUUCAGAGCAACAGCUUCCUGUGUGACUGCCAGCUCCAGUGGCUGCCCGGCUGGUUGGUUGCACACGGUUUGCAGGCCGGUGUCAAUGCCAGCUGCGCCCACCCGGUGAGCCUGCAGGGCACCAGCAUCUUCCAAGCUCCAUCCAGUAGUUUUGUGUGCGAUGGCCUCCCCAAACCCCAGAUCACCGUUCAGCCAGAGACCACGGUGACGGUUCUCGGCAGUGACGUGCGCCUCACCUGCACGGCUGCAAGCAGCAGCUCCUCCCCCAUGACCUUUGCCUGGUGGAAGGACCAGGAGCUGCUUCGCCACGCCGAGAUGGAGAACUACGCACACGUGCGUGCUCACCACCAAGGUGCGACACCUGAUGCGCCGGGUGCAGCAGGCGGUGUGAUGGAGUACACCACCAUCCUGCACCUGCGACGUGUCACUUUUGCUCACGAGGGACUCUACCAGUGCAUCAUCACCAACCACUUUGGCUCCACCUACUCCAGCAAGGCUCCCGUCAUCGUCAACGUGCUCCCAUCCUUCGUGAAGACUCCCCGGGACAGCACCAUCCCAAUGGGUCGCACUGCCCGGCUGGAGUGUGCCGCUGAGGGUCACCCUGCACCUCAGAUCGCCUGGCAAAAAGACGGCGGCACAGACUUCCCUGCUGCCCGCGAGCGCCGAAUGCAUGUCAUGCCCGACGACGACGUCUUCUUCAUCAUGGAGGUGAAGCCGGAGGACAUGGGCGUGUACAGCUGCACCGCCAGGAACACGGCGGGCACCGUCUCCGCCAACGCCACCCUCACCGUGCUGGAAUCGCCUCACCUGGUCCAGGGUCUGGGGGACCGCAGCGUAACUAUCGGGGACACCGUAGCGCUGCAGUGUAAAGCCCUCGGCAGCCCGCCUCCCCGCAUCACCUGGCUACACAACGACCAGCCGCUGCUCCCCUCAGACAGGCACCACUUCACCUCCGGGAACCAGCUGCUGGUCAUCAGCUCCGCCUUGCUGGAGGACGCCGGCCGCUACACCUGCCUCAUGUCCAACACGCUGGGUACGGAGCGUGCCCACAGCCAGCUGGAAGUGACCGAACAUGCCAGGAGGAUGUGCAUCUUCAGCACAGUCACCAUAGGCAUCAUCAUCAUCGCUGUGGUCACGAGUAUUGUUGUGACCUCGCUGGUGUGGGUGUGCAUCAUCUACCAGACCAGGAAGAAGAGUGAGGAGUGCAGCGUGACCAACACAGAUGAGACGAUUGUUCCUCCAGACGUACCCAGCUACCUCUCCUCCCAGGGCACUCUGUCCGAGCGACAGGACGCAUGUAUCCGUGUGGAGGCCGGUGGAGGACCUCAGCCCAACGGGCAUGUUGUGGACCCCACAGGUUUCGAUGGAGCAGUACUCUGCACAGAUUGCAUGGAGACCGGCAACAGCUACUCCAAAGAUCCCGACUACCUGGCUCAUGGGUUCGGUCCUGCUCGCGGCGUGGAGUACCAGCAGCAGUUUGUCCCCCCUCCUUACUCCCACUGUCACCCAGCAGAGCAGCAAGACUUGCGGUCACAUGCAGCUACUCCGCUCUGCAACGGGACUACCUACGGGCUCCGAAAAGACAUUCAAGAACCCACGUUCCCACAAAACCACAAUACGUUACAAGACGAUAGAAAAGUGAGCAGAGGGGGACAGAUGCUGGCGAGCGCCCUGCUGCAGGACGACUCUUUCCACAAGCCGGUGAAGCUGGUCGGCGUGACAACCCACGGGUGCCUGGACACUGACUGUGAGCCAGAGUUCAGGCAGACUCUGCUGGCAAACGGACACACCCUCAGAGCCUCUCAGAGUGAGAGCGCCCCUCUGAGGAGAGCUAGCGACUAACAGACGCUGACUUCACCCCAAAAUGUGGACUUGUUUCAUUUUUGUUUUUCUCUCUUUGCACUGGGAAAUAAACUGCUACCUCAUAUCGAGGGGGAACAGUCCCAAGCCUCCUGGAUGCAGACUGUCAAAGGAGCGCUGGGAGUGGGGAAAAGGUAGGGGUGAGGGGAGGGGGGCAUCCGGAGUUUGAAGGUGGAGCUUGUGUGGGUGGCGUCCCAUCUGAGCGUAUCAGCUGUACAUAGUUUAAAAAUCUUCCUUUGGGAGAUGACUAAUUAAAAAGAAAACAACUAAACAAACAAACAAAAAAAAUUUUCAGCUCCAAAAAUGUGACUUGCAUUUGAAGCAUGUAAACGUAGGGAAUCUUGUACAGUGUAAUUAUGUGCAGCGGGGAGAAAAAGAGAACUUUAACUUGGGACUUUUGACUGUACAUAAGAGUUUUCUUAUAUAUUAUAUAACUUUUACAAAAGAGUGUUUGAAUAUAUGUGCAUGACAAAGAAAGGAGUGAUAUUUUUAUUUUUGUUAGAGGGAAAAAAACAGCUUUUACCAACAUUCAGCUGCAGUGCCUUAUUGCUUGAUCAAAGAAAACUACCUGUAAAAGCGUAUAUAGACAUUUUUUUCUGAAAUGCAGGUACACUUUUUUUAUAGCAAACAAAACACUUGAUUGCACUUGAAUGUUUUUCUUUUUGUUUUCUUUGAGACAAACUGUGCCAGCUACGGCCCCAUGGUAACAUACAUCACACAUGCAUUGUUGUUGAAUGAAGGUUGAGCUUUGAUGUCAAUUAUUUCGGUACGUCAGAGGGUGCGAAGUGGUCGGUUUAAGCACUUUUUAUACUCUCUUCAUGAACAAGCAGAUUGUGCACAUCAUCUGCCAGCAGGGAUGCAGGAACCUUCUCCUUCUCCAUGCAAGGAGACAUUCCACAUAUUUUGACACAGUCGACGUCACCAGCUCAUGCUGUACUGCUGAAGGCUCUUCCACCUGUUUUCCAACACAUCACUGCAAAGCUGCUCCGAUCUACUUGGAAUAAAUGCUUCUCUUAUAUAACAUUCUUGGUCACAUUCACCAUUAAAGCUACAAACGCGUGCUUUUGAGCACAAAUAUGUGGGUUUAAUUGGAUUUAUGAACUGCUGUAAAAUGCAACAACAUCCAUUGUUUGCAUUCAGGAGCAACUGGCCAGUAUCCCCCCUCAGUUACGUCAUCACUACCGUUUUGUUUCAUGUUUUAAGGGAUUGCGAGCAGUCGGGAGGCUUGUAAUGUAUUCUAACCAAACUAGGAUUAAUGCAGUCAGGCUCUCCCCGGGCUGUCACACUGGGUCAGGUUCGGUUACAAUGUUUAAGGCAUGCAUGUGUUUCCUCAAUCUGAGCUGUACUCUGCAACCAGUCGCCUCAAUGAGGUAAAGCGAAGGACACGCUCCUCUUGUUACACGCGAUCGCACCUAUCAGACGAUUUUUACCUGCAUGAAAACGGACCCCGGUGUAGCAGGUUAAAGUGACAAGAGGGAGUGAGGUGCAGUUCAUGUUCUAAGACUAAUUUAUUGAAGCAAACUGUUUGAAGCCGUUGUACCAAUGUCAAAGCUAAAACAGUGAAGUGUCUAACAUGGCGUUGAAGUGUCUAAUAAAAAGUCACAUUUUGCUAUUA